AUGCCGCAGAUAACGGCCUUUCAAGCCGCCAAGCUCCCCGACGCGGUGCAGAUCAACGAGGAAGGCAAGAAGCGCAAGCCGCCGGCCGGAGGUUCUGCUCCGCCCGACAACAGGAUCGAUCUGCGGCGCGACUGUGAGCUGCUGUCCAUGCUCCAGCACAGCUGCGAGGUUGCGAGGCCCAAUGAGCCUGGGUCGGUAGUCACGUGCUGGCCUGUGAGGCGUUUGUUUAGAAGAUGUCAAGACAGAAAGGGCCCGUUUAUGGUCGAGACAACUGCAUGGGAGGGAUUCGAAGGUUGUCCUGCCGAUAAUCCGAAAGGUCUCGUCCAUACUGUGGACAAAAAGGAGCCAGUAGUCGGGAAAUCUUCGGCAUGGCAUAAAGCGUACUGGAGUUGA